AUGGCAACCCCUCCAGAUCUCAGCCUACCGCCGACGGCGCCAGUGGAGCGCUACCGCAACGAGCCCAUGUCAUUGCUCCCGACUGCUCUCUACACUCUUGUCGAGCUGUCAGAUGGUGAGCUGCAUGAGCUGCAGCGGCAGUGCGAGUCUGGAAUCCCCGACGCAACCCCGGGCGACAACGUGCGCCUUCCCGCGGAUACGCAAGCCCGCUUCAUAGGAAGCCCUUUGCGCGCCGUCUACGACCAUCACCUCGAGCUCGGCCCUCGCCAUACGUUCGAUCCCAUCUACUUCAUCGUAGCCACCCAUAAGGAAUGGAAGACGAGGGGCGUGUUGCUUGUCACCCUUGAUGACGGCAACUUUGAUGAAGCCGGCUGCAGUACCGACUCCUUCUUCAUCAAGGCUGCUGAAGCCGGACUGACUGUUUCCAAUCUCCAGGUUGGAAACUCGGACUGGUCGGAAGAGAAGGAGUCUUACGAAACGCCUCCCAGCGGACACGACAACGACGACGAUGAUCACGACUACAUUGACGACAACGAUGAAAGCGACAGCUCCGACAGCGGCCCGGACCCGCCGCCAGCCCACAUCAAGCACAUUGAUACCUUCGCCCCCCUCUACGUCACCUCCGGCAUCGAUGCGGGAAAACUCGUCCGCAGGCUCGAACCCGGCUCCUCGCGCAAAAAGAAGCCCGAAACCGACUACAUCAUCCGCUGGCAAGCCACCCUAAAGCCACAACCCCCCAGCAGCCCGUCUGACAGCUCCAACCCCAUGGUGCCUCCCGACCCCACCGUCACCGCCGACCUCGUCGCUCAAGCUUGCUCCCGACACCCCAGCCGCUGCCGCAAGAACCCCCGACUAAACAGGACGCGGCUGCUUGUCGCCGACACGCCGCACUACGGCGAGCACGGCCUCGUGCUGGUGCACCUCGCGUGGGACAAGGGCGUCGCGACGCCCGCCCACCACCAGCGCAUGCCUGCCGAGGAAUACGCAGGCUUCCAGCAACGCUACCUCGACGCCGCAUGCCUGCACCCGCCCAAGCACCCGCUCGUCCUCGUCGUCGAGCCGGGCGUGGGGACCGAGGGCCACGCCAUGGCAGCCAGACAGGCGCUGGAUCCGACUUGGCGGACGCGGGGCGAGCACGACAAGCGCGUCGUAUACGCGCCGCCGCGCCGCGUGGUACCGGGCCGCGUCAACGAGAAGAUCCGGUGGGAGGAUCUGGACGAGGCGGCGCGGUGGUUUCCGUGGGUGUGUCGGACGCGGCGGUUCGACGAGGCGUUGGUGCGCGACUUCUUCGUGUGGGUCGACCAGGCGGAGCUGGCUGGAAAGGGAACGGUCGUGGUCGUGCGCGUGGAUUGGGAUGGAGACGUGCAUCGAUCUGACGAGGAGCUGCUCGCGUUGGACCUCGAUGGGAAAGUCACAAAGCUACGCGUGCCGGCGGGGGAGGCUUUGGACCUGAUUGAGACUGCCACGGUCCGAGGGAAUAUGGAGGGGCUUGGCAACGAGAUUGUCGAGUUUUGUCACUGA